AUGCCCAAGGACUUGGACCGAGCAACCGUGCCCGUCAGUAUGUUGUUCGUGCUGCCCGUGCUCACCUCCUUCCCCCCCCGUCGACUGGCCACAGGGCGCGCAGCCGCACCACGGCCCCGACGGAGUUUCAGGCGGAGGGAGCUGCUGUUCCAGAGUAUGUGCGCCGAGCGGCGGCGCUCAAAGCCCGCGUCGCCGCUCGUGAAGCGAGGGACGAUGAGUCGUGAAUUCAGUAUUGUUUCACUUCGGUGGGGUGCCCUGUCGUGGCCCAGGGCGGAGCGUCGGGAGCUCCGCCCCUGGGUAACAAAUGCCCCCUUCUGA